GGCGCGGCGGAGAAGAAGAAGAGGAAGAGGAGGUUGUUUUUCUCGCGCCAUUUCCCGGUGUGUUGUGUGUAUUGUGUUGCGUGUGUUGAAGCUGCCAGGCCCAGGACACGGGUGCGGGGAGCCAUGUCCAUCUCCAUCGACAAGGACGCCUUCUUCCGGCGCAUGAACAAGGUGUACUCGUCCUGGAAGAAGGCGGAAAGCAAUAAGGAGGAUGGGCUGGGGAAGGCUGAUGCAUUGGUGUCUGUGGUUGGGGCUGACCAGGAGGUGAUCUACUCCAAGUCCACUGCCACACAGACCUGGCUCUUUGGGUAUGAACUCACAGACACCAUUAUGGUUUGCUGUGAGAAGGCUGUGUACUUCCUGGCCAGCAAGAAAAAGAUACAAAUCUUGGAAGGUCUGGAAAAGAACAAAGAUGAGAACAGCAAUGUUCCUCCUGUAAAGCUUCUUGUGAGGGAUAAGAGUGACAAGGACAAGGCAAACAUCAGUAAGUUGAUCGAGGCAAUAAAGCAGAGCAAGGGUGGCAGCAAGAUCGGGGUGUACGCCAGGGACAAGUUAUCCUCGGACCUCAUUGAUGCCUGGAAGAAGGCCGUCAAGGAAGCCAGCUUUGAGCAGGUUGACAUGAGUCCCAACAUGGCUCUGGUGAUGUCCUCCAAGGAAGAGUCAGAGCUGACCACCAUCAAGAAGGCAUGCACUGCCACUGUGGAAGUCUUCUCCAAGUACCUCAAGGAGCAAAUCAUGGACAUCAUCGACAGAGACAAGAAGGUGAAGCAUGCCAAGCUGGCUGAGGGUGUGGAGCAGGCCAUGACGGAUAAGAAAUAUGUCGGGAACUUUGACACCCAGCAGAUUGAGCCGUGCUACCCUCCGAUCAUUCAGUCAGGCGGGAACUAUGCCCUCAAGUUCAGUGUGUCCAGUGACAAAAACGCGAUGCACUUUGGGGCCAUCGUGUGCUGCAUGGGCGUACGAUACAAGAACUACUGCUCCAACAUUUGCCGCACCUUCAUGGUCAACCCGCCAGACAAGAUGCAGAAGGAUUACGAAUUGCUCCUGGAACUCUUUGAUGUACUCAUAAACAAGUUGAAAGAUGGAGUAAAGCUGUGUGAUGUGUACGAGGAGGUGGUCACACAGCUCAAGCAGAAAAAGGCAGACAUGGUGGACAAACUCACUAAGGCUAUUGGGUUUGGCACUGGCAUUGAGUUCCGUGAAUCUGCUCUUCUCAUCGGCCCCAAGAACACGGCAGUGGCUAAGAAAGGUCAGGUGUACAAUGCUAACCUUGGCUUCUCGGACCUGAUCAACCCUGAAGCUAGUGAAAGUAAUGGCAAGAAGUAUGCACUCUUCAUUGGCGACACCGUUGUUGUGAAUGAGGACCAACCUGCCACAGUUCUGACAGCCACCAGCAAAAAGAAGUUGAGGAAUGUUGGCGUUUUCCUAAAGGAUGAUGAUGAUGAUGAAGGCGACGAGGAGGAGGAGCAGAGCAAAGGGGACACUUCAGGGAUCCUUGGCCGAGGCAAACGCACGGCCAUCCUGGACUCCAAGCUGAGGUCUGAACAGUCAACCGAGGAGAAGCGUCGGCAGCACCAGAAGGAGCUUGCAGUGUCCACCAACGAGGCAGCCAAGGAGCGUCUUGCCCUCCUGAAGGGGAAGAAGGAGAACCAGAAGGUCCGCAAGUCCACUAUCUCUUACAAGUCGACCAACCUCCUGCCUCGGGAGCCUGAGAUUGCAGACCUCAAAAUCUAUGUUGACCGAAAAUACGAGACUGUGAUCCUCCCAAUCUACGGGCUCCCAGUACCCUUCCAUAUCUCCAUGAUCAAGAAUAUCUCCCAGAGUGUGGAGGGAGAUUAUACGUACCUCCGUAUCAACUUCUUCCACCCUGGUUCCAACAUUGGCAAGGCUGACGGUUCCUUCCCCAACCCUGAUGCUGUGUUCUUGAAGGAGAUCACAUACCGAAGCACCAACACCAAGGAGCCGGGAGAGCUAUCAGCACCAUCCUCCAACCUUAACACAGCCUUCAGACUUAUCAAGGAGGUGCAAAAGAAGUUCAAGACAAGGGAGGCUGAGGAGAAGGAGAAAGAGGACUUGGUGAAGCAGGACACACUCAUAGUCUCCAACAACAAAUCCAACCCCAAGCUGAAGGAUCUGUACAUCCGCCCCAACAUCGUGCAAAAGAGGAUCAAUGGCACCCUUGAGGCACACACCAAUGGCUUCAGAUACACCAGUGUGCGUGGGGACAAGGUGGACAUCCUCUACAACAACAUCAAAAAUGCAUUCUUCCAGCCUUGCGAGGGAGAGAUGAUCAUUCUCCUUCACUUCCAUUUGAAGCAUGCUAUCAUGUUUGGGAAGAAGAAGCACAUUGAUGUCCAGUUCUACACGGAGGUGGGAGAGAUUACCACCGACCUGGGGAAGCACCAACACAUGCACGACCGUGAUGACCUCUCGGCAGAACAGGCAGAGCGAGAGCUGCGCCACAAGCUGACCUCGGCCUUCAAGAGCUUCACUGAAAAGGUGGAGACCAUGACCAAACACCAAGUUGAGUUUGACACACCAUUCCGUGAGCUUGGCUUCCCUGGCGCCCCAUACCGCUCCACUGUCCUCCUUCAGCCCACCUCAGGCUGUGUGGUGAACCUGACCGAGUGGCCGCCCUACGUCAUAGUGCUGGAUGAGGUGGAGUUAGUACACUUUGAGCGUGUGCAGUUCCACCUGAAGAACUUUGACAUGGUGUUUGUGUUUAAGGACUACUCCAGGAAGACCUCCAUGAUCAAUGCUAUCCCCAUGCAGAUGUUGGACCACGUUAAGGAGUGGCUAAACUCUUGUGACAUCCGGUAUUCAGAGGGUGUUCAGUCUCUCAACUGGACCAAGGUGAUGAAAACCAUUAUUGAUGACCCUGAUGGAUUCUUUGAACAGGGUGGCUGGUCUUUCCUGGACCCAGAUUCUGAUGAGGAGAACCAGGAGGAGGCUGAUGACGAAGACUCGGAGGAGGAUGGAGCCUAUGCCCCAUCUGAUGAGGAGUUAGGGUCUGAGGAGGAGAGUGAGGACUACUCUGGGGAGUCUGAAAUAUCAGACUCUGAGUACAGUGAAGAGCUUGGGUCCAGCGAGGAAUCAGGCAAGGACUGGUCAGACUUGGAGAGGGAGGCUGCCGAGGCUGACAAGGAGAGGAAUGACUUUGAGGAUGAGUACACCAAACAGAACAAGGGUGCACCGAGCUACAGGGACAAGUACAGUGGAAAGAGGUUAAAUCGCAAGUCCUCGCUCAAAGCUGGCAAGGACAGACACAUGAGCAACAAACACAAAUCUUCAAAGCAUGACAGUAAACACAGAUCACCCCACAAGUCCUCUCACAAGUCCUCCCACAAGUCCCCACACAAAUCCCCACACAAAUCCCAGAGCAAGAGUAAAGAUCGACACCAUUCCAGCAGCAGCAGCAAGCACAGUGACAAGAAGAGGUCUCGGGAAGACUCUGGUGACCGCCGUCAUAGUAAAAAGAAGAGCAGGAAAUAAGUGGUGCCCUUCAGUGCCACUGGACCACCACUCUUCACCCCAGGGACAAAAGAGAAGUUCAAACAGUAGUCGUGAUCAGUUCAUUAGGAGCGUGGGUGUCUGGUGGGCCUGUGGUCCACACUAUUACCUGAACUGGUGAUCUGACCCAAGAUACCAGGCACUGCAGGGGGUUUUGCCAAGACUCCUGCCCAUGGGUCAUACAACACCAUGCCUAAGGGGCCAUGGGUACAGUGUUUGCAGGGAUUUGGAGAUGGACCAACCCAGAUCUUAUUACAACACUGUGAAUGGUGAUUUUAAAGUGAUGAGUUUAUACAUUUAAGCUGACUGUAGUGUAUUAGGUCUUGUCGUAUUUUCUUGUGUAGUUGUUCACAUAUAUUAGAGGUUUUCAUAUAGCCGUGUAUGUACAUACAAUUCAUUAAUUUCAUUAGGGAAUUGGAAAUGCCAGAGAGGAAAGACUUUGACUGCUAAAAUUUUAGUGUUAAUUGAAAAAAAUUUGUCUUGGAAAAUAUCUGAUGCCAUGAGCAGUGGAAGACCAUCUUCAAUUCAGACCUUUGUAAUGACAGCUGCAUCUUGGUGAGCUUCCAUUCCACCACUAUGGAGUUUACUUUGUGGCAUUGACAUAAAUAGUUCAACAAUACAGUACAUGUGUGAAAUAGAUACUGAGGAGGUAUUAGUUCAGUAUUCUCCUUUAUGCAGCAUUGAAAGUUAUAAUUCCAUGAUACAUAAGGGUGAAUACAUUGGGAAUUUGAUAUUCUUCAGUUUGAUAAAUUAAACCACUAUUAGGUUCAACCACACCAGUUGUGCUGCAUGCCUGUAAACAAGUGUUGGGACAUUUUGGACAAUAACCAUUGAAUUUUGCACAAAUUAAGUGAUAGUUAUUUGCCCCCCUUACUUUUAAUUGACUUAAAAAGGUUUUCUAAAUGGUAUUUAGUAAAAUAUAAAUGAGUAAAUACUUCUUUCCCUCUUGUGUUAAUGUUUCUUUUAUGUUUUCUUUUAAUUUCACAAGCAUACUUUCGGUAGUAUUAGUUAUUUUGUACGAAAGGUGAAUUUCAUACUCCUGUAGAAUGAAAUCCUUGCAUUAUGCAAGGUGUGAGGAGGAUGAGGUGUUUCUAUUUUCUCCUUUAUGAGGAGGGUAAUGUGUCAGUGAAGUUGUACGAGUGAAUGGUGACAAUUUUUGUUUUGUUAGUGCAUCGGGAAGAGGAUAUUACAGUGUUGGCUCAGGCCAGCAUGGGACUAUGAGGAUUUUGUGUUUUGUUCAGGUCUUUUCAGUCAGGUAACAAGAUGAUGUCACACAUUUUAUGUUCACAUUUCUGAAAUAUAUUUAAGUGGUUUU